AUUAUGUCAAAAGUGAAAAGGCGGCGAGAACGAGCUUUAUUUUGAACUAUUUAAAAUCAUUUUUUAUUAUUUAGUUGACAAAUUGACAUACCUUAACUAAGCUUCCGAAUGAAAUUUCUCAAGUAUCUUGUGUAGUCGGUAGAAUAUUUGUAGAUCAAGGUUGCAGGCAAUUAUUCUAGCUUCGAAAUUAUAACCUGUUAAAUUAGAGAUGGCUGAUGAAGAUUUCAGUAAACUUUUGCAACAAGCAGAGCAAUUAACUACAGAAAUAGAGGGAAAUGAAGAUUUACCUAGAGUUGAACGCUCCCUUGGUCAAGUGCUUGAGGCUUCCAAUGAACUCUACUCCAGAGUAAUUCAAUCUGGUACCAACGACAUUCAAGCACAUCUUUUAUUUGGCUCCAAAGGUAUAGAUUUACAAAAAAUAUCUCAAAAAUUAGAAACAUUGUCAUCAAAACGAACAUUUGAGCCACUGCAACCUAUAGCAGAUUCAGAUAUUGAGAGCUUCCUUAAGAAUGAAAGAGAAAAUGCUAUUUUGUCAUUGAUUGAUGAAGUAAAUAAAAAUUCAUUACAAACAACAGAAGACCAGAAAUGGGAACACAUGCUUUCAGAAUGGAAUAAAGAAAAAAUAAAGCUAAUGAAUGCUAUGAUUGGACCAUCUCAAAAUUGGUUAGACCUCAAACGCACACCAGAGCCUCCAAGUAUUGCAGAUACCCCUAAAAAGUUUGGUCAUUCAAUGCUUGAUGACAUUGAGGCUGCCUAUUCUAGACAAAUUCAACAAUAUAAUAAAAUGGUGUUCCAAGGUGCUAAGUCAAGAACAGCAUUGCACCAAAAGUUCUCCCAAGUUGCUGAAGAUAAUAAUGAUCCUAAAGUUAAAGAAAUGUGGGAAAUAAUUAAAACUAUGUCGAAUGUUCCUGCUUUGGUUCGAGAUGAGGAUCCAUUAAAAGCCAGAGGAAACCCCACUAUUCAGCAAUGCCUCAUUGCACAAGGGAAAAAGUAUUUAGAAAAGAGGUAUAAGCAAUACAUGAGUGAUGUGGUGAGGGCUAAUCCAGGUAUAGCCAUGAGAGGUGGAGAACCAGGCACAUUACCACUGGUACGAGGGUUCCUUGGAUUGCGCCUGAUAGGGCAGAGCUCGCAAGGCUUAGCUGAUGGUGUGGUUGAUGACAGACCUCUGUGGCCAAUGGUUUACUAUUGUUUAAGAAGUGGAGAUGCUGGUGCAGCAUUGCAUUGCUUAAGAAAAGCUGGUCGAGAGCAUGAGGAGUUCAUAGCAGCUCUGGAAGAACACAUGAGAAAUCCCGAGAAGGCUUUGAGUGAGAAAUUACAAACAGCUGUUAACUUCCAGUAUAGGAUUCAAGUUAGAAAUUCAACAGAUCCAUAUAAAAGAGCUGUUUAUUGUGUAAUAGGCUGCUGUGAUGUGAGUGAUGAACAUGCUGAAGUGGCAAAAACUGCAGACGAUUAUCUGUGGCUCAAGCUGUCUAUCAUUAAAACACGAUUAGGAAAUGAAUCGGAGACCUUCUCGUACUCUGAUUUGCAGAAAUUGAUACUAGAGGAAUAUGGAGAAACACAUUAUCAUGCAUACGAGAAACCACUUGUAUACUUCCAAGUGUUAACAUUAACCGGACAAUUUGAGCCAGCCAUCGAGUUUCUGUCAAGGAUACCAAGAUAUCAAGUUCAUGGUGUUCACAUGGCUCUGGCGCUACACGACAUGUUCCUGCUCGGAACUCCCCGUAAUGUGCAAGCACCUUUAUUGUCAGUCGAUACGGACGACCCGAUACCACUCCGACGACUCAACUUGGCGAGACUGUUACUCUUGUACGUGAGGAAGUUUGAGCUCACCGACCCCGUGGACGCCUUGCACUAUUACUUCUUCUUGAGGAACCUCAAGGAUCCGAGUGGCAAGAACCUAUUCAUGUGCUGUUGUACGGACUUAGCGCUGGAGAGCAGAGACUAUGAGAUGUUGUUCGGUCGAGUUGAUUCUGUCACAGGCAUUAGAAGCACGGGCCUGUUGGACCAAUUCAAUAGCCCGCAGAUUGACAGCAAGGUUAUUGCCCUCAAUGUUGCAGAACAGCUUGAGAAUAAAGGUCUAUUUGAAGAUGCCAUCACUGUGUAUGACAUUGCUGGGAAGCUGGAGCGCGUGCUGGAGCUGUUCUGCGUGCUGCUGGCGCAGGUGGUGGCGGGCGGCGCGGGCGGCGUGCGGGCCCGCCUGGCGCCGCUGGCGGAGCACGUGGCGCGGCGGGUGGGCGGGGCGCACGCAGACCACGCCCCCGCGCCGCUCGUGGACGCCUUCACCAAGCUGUGCAGGCUGCUCACCUUCUUCGAUCACUACCACGCCGGCAACCACGAGGCGGCCCUCGAGGCGCUCCGCGAGUGCGAGCUGGUGCCGCUGAGCGCGGGCGAGCUGGAGGCGCGCGUGGCGGCGACGCGCGGCGCGCGGGGCGAGCUGCUGCGCUGCCUGCCGGCCGUGCUGCGGGCCGCGUGCGGCGUGUUGCUGGCGCAGCGGCAGCGGCUGAGGGGCGCGCCCGCCGCGCACAAGCAAGUGGAUUGGCUGAAAGAGCAAGCAGAGAUCCUGAACACGUUCGCCGGGAACAUUGCGUACCGGAUGCCGGGCGACACUUACAGUCAACUAGCGCAGAUGCAAAUCUUAAUGCAUUGAAUUACAAUAAGUUCAUAUAUGUUUCAAUAAAGUUAAGUUUCUAUGAAA